CAAAGGACCUGGGACACACCCGUUCCGUGCCCAGAGGCACGGUGGCAGAUUCGUAUGCGAGCUUCUCAGGCAAAGCCGACACAUGUUAGAUAUCUUGAAGCCACAGACCUGGAUUGGGUUUCCUCCUGAACAUAUUGUCUUAAGUCUCAUCAUCCGUUGCUAUGUUUGCCCAAGUCUUGAUUACGAUUAACGUCGUUGCCUCAGAGCCCGCGGUGUCGAGCUUUGAAAUAACGAUGCACCCGAUGCAUGCAGAGAUGCAUACGUUCAAACAGCCAAUUUCGCGUGAAGAAAGCGUUAGAGCAAGGAAGGCCAUCGAGCGGUGUGGGCGCACGACGCAAUGGAGCAGUGCGAUCUCACUGUUUCGAGCCCUCCGGGACGUGAACGACAUCCUGUACAAUGUGAUGAUUAGCGUGUGUGGAAAGAGCCAGCAGUGGCAGCAGGCACUGUCUCUGCUCCACGAGAUGUCUUCGGCGACGGUAGUUCCAGACGUGAUAUUCAGUUACAGCGCUGGGAUCAGCGCGUGCGAGAAGUGCGAACAGUGGCAGCAGGCCGUGUCGUUGCUCGGGGAGAUGUCGGAGGUAAUGGUGGAGCCCGACGUCAUCGUCUACAGCGCUGGCAUCAGCGCGUGCGCGAAAGGGGGGCAGUGGCAGUUGUCGUUGGCGCUGUUCGGAGAGAUGUUGGAGGUAACACUGGAGCCCAAUCUAGUCAGCUAUAACGCUGGCAUCGGCGCAUGCGCGAAAGGUGAGCAGUGGCAGAGGGCGUUGGCACUGAUGAAGAAUAUGCGCGAGGCGAUAAUAGAGCCCGAUGUAAUCAGCUACUGCGCCAGUGCCAGCGCGUGCGAGAGCGGUGAGCAGUGGCAGCGUGCUCUGUCGCUGCUCAGCGAAAUCGCGGAGGUGAAGUUCGAGCGUAGCGCCAUCAGCUACAACACCGUGAUAAGCGCAUGCGCGAAGUGCAGCCAGUGGCAGCGGUCUCUGUCCUUGCUCGGCGAGAUGUCGGAGGUAGCAUUGGAGCUCGGCUCAGCUACAACUCCGGGAUCAAUGCAUGCGAGAAGGGCGAGCAGUGGCAGCAGGCUCUGGCGCUGCUCAGCGAGAUGGCGGAGGCAAAAGUGGAGCCCGACGUCGUCAGCUAUGGCGCUCUGGCCAGCGCGUGCGAAAAGGGUGGGCAAUGGCAGCAGGUUCUCGCGCAGUUCGGCGAGAUGUCGGAGGCGAAAGUAGAGCUCGACGUCGGUAGCUAUGGCACUGCGAUCAGCGCAUGUAUGGAAGGUGGGGAGUGGCGUCAGAUCUUGUCACUGCUUGUCGACAUGCGGGAUGUGGAAUUCAAUCCCAGCCGCGCGUGCUACGCGUUUGGAAUUAUCCAGGUGCCUGUGAAGCGAUCAGUGGCAGCUUGCACUGUCGUUGCUCAACGAGGCGUGCGAGGCGGCAUUAGAGCCCGGCAUCUCCAGCUAUAACCACGGCAUCCUUGCAUGUGGAGAAGGGGGUCAGUGGCAACCUGCGCUGGUACUUCUGAGCGACAUGCAGGCGAUAGAGUUGGAUCCAAAUGUGUUCAGCUACGGCGGUGGAAUCCGCGCGUGCGCGAAAGCUGGACAGUGGCAGCAUGCUCUGUCGCUGCUCAGCGACAUGCGGCAAAGGAUGCUAGAGACGAGCAUCAGCAUGGUCAGUACAUGCAUUAGCGCCUGCGAGUGGCAACAGGCAUUGUCCUUGCUACGCGAGUCAGGGAAGGCGACAUUGGAGCUUGAUACCGUCAUCUACCAUGUUUCAGUCAACGCGUGUGCGAAUAGUGGGCGCUGGCAUCAGGCGCUGGUGCUGCUCAGCGACGCGCGGGAGUCGAAGCUCGAGGUGGACGCAACCUUAUACAACGCCGGAAUUAAAGCGUUUGGACUUAGCGGGUUAUGGGAGCAGGCGUUGUCGCUGCUCUUCGGAAUGCGGGACGUAAAAGUGAUACCGGACGUCGCCAGCUAUAACAGCGGAAGUAAUGCGUGCACGGGUGCUGAACAAUGGCAGACCGUAUUGCUUCUAUUUCGCGAGGUGUGGGAGGUGAAGUUGGAACAUGACACCGCGAGCUACACCGCUGCAAUCAACGCGUGGGGAACUGGUGCGCAGUGGCAACGAGCGCUGUCACUGCUCAAUGGCAUGCGGGAGGCUGACUUGGAGCCACAAGUCGACAGCUUUCGCGCUGGAAUCACCGCCUGCCAGAAAGGCGGGGACUGGCAGCAUGCAGUAUCUUUAAUGAAUUACAUGGGGAAUGCUCAAUCAAAGCCAGACCCCUACGCCUACAAGUCUGCUUUAGCCGCAUGUAUGAUGGGCGGGCAAUGGGAGUUGGCGUCGAUUUUGGUACAGAGUAUGCUGGGGGUGAGGUUUGAGCCAAACGUCAUCAGUUACAAUGCUGGAAUCAGCGCGUGCGCGGAAGGCGAACAGUGGCAGGAUGCACUACUUCUAUUAAGCGAGAUGCGAGACACGAAGUUGGUACCGACAACCAGGAGCUACAAUGGUGCAAUCAGUGCGUGUGCUCAACUUGGGGUCUGGGAGCAGGCGUUGUCUGUGUUCCGAGGUUUGCGGGAGGCAAGGUUGGAGCCAGAUGUCAUCAGCUACAACUCUGUCCUCAGCGCGUGCAGUACAGAUGCUCAGUGGCUGCAGGCGCUAUCCCUGCUGAGCGAGUUGUGGGAGGUGGAGCUGGAGCCAACUUUCAUCUUCAGCUACAACACUGGAAUCAGCGCGUGCGAGAAGUCUGGGCAGUGGCUGCAGGCGCUAGCGUUGCUCAGCGAGAUGCGAGAGAUGAGACUGGAGGCGACGACCAUCAGCUACAACGCCGGAAUCAGCGCAUGCGAGAAAGGAGGGCAGUGGCAACGGGCGCUGGUAUUGCUCAGCGAAUUGUGGACGGUGCAGAUGGAGCCAGACGUCAUCAGCUACAACGCUGCAAUCCACGCGUGCGAGUCAGGACAAUGGCAGAGGGCAGUGGCAUUAGUCAGUGAAAUGCAGCAACUGGAGGUGGAGCCAAACCUCAUAAGUUGCAACUCCGAACUCAUAGCGUGCGGAAAAGCUGGGCAGUGGCAGCUAGUGCUGUUGUUACGCGAGGACAUGGAGAACAUCGGGAUCCAGCCAGACAAGGUCACCUUCGAGACUCUGAUCAGCUGUACUUUGUCGAAGUCGACUGAUGUGUUUGACGAUGCUCCCUUCCAUGAGCCGAGAGACCUGAAGCGUGAAGUGAGCCUGAUUUCGAAUACGAUCAUCCCACACCUCAUGCCAACCUGCGCAUACAACAAUACUAGCAAUAGCA